UCCAAAUCGUUUCAGAGGGUUCCUAUUUGAUUCAUAGAGAUUAAAGGGUCUCCUGAUUCGAUUCAGAUUCGGCCACCGAAUCGGGCCAAAUCAAAUCGGGGACUGAAGCUUCACACAGCCCUACUAUAUAUAAAGAUCAUGCUAAGUCUUGUGGCCAGAGCAUACAUUUGGGAAAUACAGAAAAGGGAGGUCAAGGAUAUAAGGAAUUAAUCUGUCCACAAGACUACAUCCUGUAGUUUGCGUACCUCUAAUAGAAGAAAUUCAACAUUACCCUUUCUGAUCAAGUCAAAAAUGCUGUAACUGAAUUUCCUGCCUUGCCCUUCUGAAAGCUGCAUUAACUACUAUUGCAUGUUGUAGACUGGAAUGCUGUGAAUGAAUCCUUCCUUCCCAGUCGGGCCAACGUAAUGGGGUGUCCUUUAAGAGCCAGCUGUAAAGAUACCACAGUUUAAGAUUAAGCUUGCUAACAUCAACUGUUUCCUACUUUCAUUAUCUUGUGCUUCAAAUAGUACUUGUAACUUUCUUUUUUCAGCUGUUAGCCCUUGAUACUCAAAACAAGUUUGUUUUUUCACUACUGAAAGUAUUUUGAAAAUGAUGUAGCUGUCUGUCACCUAAGGAAACGCAGUGUGUUCUAACUAUUAACUUCUCAUGCUAUCAGUGUGCGCCAGAUAACUAUUAAAUUUUCCAACAUGGCUACAGUGCCUUGGGUUUAAUAGGAAAUUAGUCUGAAAUUUGGUCUUUAACUUCUUACUUUUCUCAAAAGAUGGUGAAUAGUGUAUAUAUGCAUGGUGGGUUUAUUCUUCCUCCUAAAAGUAUGUAACAGUACAGGACUUAAAAAACGCAUUUACCAGUUUUAAUAAAAAAACCCUUAAACUACCAGUUUUUUGUAGAAUUCAACCUUUCAUUAAAAAAAGAAAAAAGAUUAUCCCACAGGGUUACAUGAAACAGGAUUAAAUGAAAAUGCCAUUAUUCAAAAUGAACUGAUUUUAAAAAGGCAGUGUUGCUUUUUUGGAGUUGACAGGCAUGCUGAUGAUUCACUGCACAGUAAAAUUUCUUUUGUCACUUUUAUCUGCUGUCAAUGAGAACCCGUGUGGCCAGUAAUUAAAGUCAAUUCGAGUUGUACCGAUUUCAUUUUGAUGCAGAGCAUGGAGGAUUUGGAGAGGGAAGAAGGAAUGUCCAAAUCCAUUCCAGUAUUCCUUGUUUGGGAAAGACAUAGGUUUGAAAUUGGAAUCAUGUGCCAUGAUUCAUGGCACCUGAAAUAUUGCAGGGCAGCCCGCUGGUAGAAUCUGUGUUCUCUGCUUGACUUUUUUCAGAAGCUAUUUUGGCACGUGAGGGACAGAUUCUUACCAAGACAGGGCUGCUGGGCUGUGCUGCUGCUGUUUUUCAAUUGUCUAAUACAUUUUUUAAAGUCCCACACCAAGCCUAAUGGUAUUGGUGAUGAGACACUGAAAAUCUUUAGGCCAAACCUGGCUUGCCAAGCAAGUCACCUAACUUUUCAAAGAUGCUGAAUACCCAUAGCCCUUACUGACUCAAAUGAGUAAUUUGCUUCACUAGUAGCUGCAGAUUUUGGCCUUUUUAAUUUGAAAGAAGUGAUAUCUUACUUCAAGUCUGUAUAGGCUGAAAAAUUCGGGUUCAUCAGCAGCAUGGUAAGAUUCAUGUUUUGUCAUUUACAGAAGUUUUUACAUAUCAAAACUUGAAGGAGUUUUACUGAAAUCCAAGUGUAUUAGAACAUACUGCUAUAACAUCUAUAUGUUUAUUUUGCUGGAUGAUAACAAUAGGCUAUCUGAAUAGGGUUGGCAUAACUGUGGGGAAUCAUUUUUAUAUCUUGUGUUCUUCAAAGGUAUUUGAAUAGGGCACUGUUGAGGGGCCCAGGUAUUUCUUUUAUAUUUUAGAGUUUUAGAGUUUUCUGGACUUGGUAAUGGACGAGAAUUACCAGUAGAAGAGGAGGAGACAGUUUAAAUACGCAUGGGAGAUUCCGGACCUAGGUAGUUCAUGAUUUUUGAUGCUAGCUGGGUGGGAACCUGAUAUACACCUAUGCCAACCUUUCUUUAAAAAAGCAGGCUCCUGGAUUCAUGUUCCAAGACUGAAAAUCUUGUAUGCAGAGAAAAAGUAUGAAUAUGACUUGACUGAUUCUUGAUCUCUGAAAGUAUUUCUGCGUGUUCAGUGGGAUGUAUUAAGAUCAAGAAUUCUGCUGUAGCACUGAGGGAGAAGAACCCUGAGCAACAACUUGAAAUCAUUUAAAUAUAUUUCUUAGUCUCAGAAAAGCAAUAAUACAAAAUGAAUGGAUAUUCUGAACUUGCAAAUAACCAUAGUCAAAUGCUUGCUGAGGAGACUAAUAUUCAAACAAAACCUGAACAACAUCAGGAUGCUCUUCAGGAGGAUAUUGAGAUGAGCAGUGGUUCUAGUGGUAAUGACUUCAGUGGAAACGACACAAAUGAAAACUACUCCAGUGGGCAUGAUUCUCAUGGUAAUGAAUCAGAUGAAAAUGGGAAAGAUUCAGCAAUGCUUUUGGAAUCUUUAGACUGUCAUAAAAGCUCAAAUGCAUUUAACCUGAUGAUUGCAAACUCUGAACAUAAUCAGUCUACCAGUGGAUGCAGCAGUGAGCAGUCCACAAAAGCCAAAACACAAAAGGAAUUGAUGAAAACAUUGCAAGAGCUAAAAGCACACCUCCCAUCUAAAAAGAGAAUUAAAGGCAAAUCAAGUGUACUGACAACACUGAAAUAUGCACUUAAGAGCAUUAAACAAGUUAAAGCCAAUGAAGAAUAUUACCAAUUAUUGAUGACAAACGAAAGCCAUCCUUCUGGUCUUGAUGUGGCCUCCUAUACAAUUGAAGAAGUUAAGAACAUCACCUCAGAAUACAUCAUGAAAAAUGCAGACAUGUUUGCUGUAGCCAUUUCCCUGGUUACUGGGAAAAUCUUGUACAUCUCUGAUCAAGCAGCCUCUAUCCUCCGCUGUAAGAGAGACUAUUUUAAAAAUGCCAAAUUUGUGGAGUUCUUGGCACCUCAGGAUGUCAGCGUGUUCUACAGCUCUACUACUCCCUACAGGCUGCCAUCAUGGAGUAUUUGCAAUGGAGCUGAGUCUUCCACCCAAGACUGCAUGGAAGAGAAGUCUUUUUUUUGCCGCAUCAGUGCAGGAAAAGAACAUGAAAAUGAGAUCUGCUACCACCCAUUUCGUAUGACUCCUUACCUUAUCAAAGUACAAGAUGCAGAGAAUGCAGAAGACCAGCUUUGCUGUGUGCUACUUGCAGAAAAGGUGCACUCUGGUUAUGAAGCACCCAGAAUUCCUCCUGAUAAAAGAAUUUUUACAACUACACACACCCCAAGUUGUUUGUUCCAGGAUGUAGAUGAAAGAGCUGUACCUCUUUUAGGAUUCCUACCUCAAGACUUGAUAGGAACCCCUGUAUUGGUGCAUCUUCACCCAAGUGACAGACCUUUAAUGCUAGCAAUUCACAAAAAAAUACUUCAGUAUGGUGGACAGCCUUUUGACUACUCACCAAUCAGAUUCUGCACUAGAAAUGGAGAAUAUAUAACUCUGGACACAAGCUGGUCCAGUUUCAUCAACCCAUGGAGCCGAAAAGUCUCAUUUAUUAUUGGAAGACAUAAAGUUAGAACGGGACCCUUAAAUGAAGAUGUGUUUGCUGUUCCUUCUAUCUAUACAGAGGAUAAAAUCCUUCAUCCCAGCAUUCAGGAAAUUACAGAGCAGAUAUACCGACUACUGUUACAGCCUGUACACAACAGUGGAUCCAGUGGUUAUGGAAGCUUGGGUAGCAAUGGAUCACACGAGCAUUUAAUGAGCAUGGCAUCGUCCAGUGACAGCAUUGGGAACAACAAUGAAGACAUCCAAAAGGACAAGCCUGAGACUUGUCAAGAUCCACGAAGAGUCAGAAAUAAAGGGCAAUAUGUCUUUACUGACUGUAGAGCAAAGUUGGAACACAAGAAAAAGCCUUUUGCAGAAAAACCAAAUGGUCCCACUGUUCACAUGAAAGAUGCAUCUGGAAUGAAUGCUGUAGCCAUUGCUGCUCAUAAGAAUGUGAUUACAGAGGAACUGGCUUGGAAGGAGCAACCUGUGUAUUCCUAUCAACAGAUUAGUUGUUUAGACAGUGUCAUCAGGUACCUGGAGAGUUGUAAUGUGCCUGGUACAGUGAAGAGGAAAUGUGAACCAUCAUCAAAUUCCACUUCACUGAAUUCUGAUGAUCAUGAACAAAAAACAGUUAAUGCUGUACAGCCUAUGAGAGACUCUGCUUUGAAGACAUCUAAAAAGUCAAAUGGUCCUCCAGUAGUUGGUGCUCACUUGACUACUUUGGCUCUACCUGGAAAACCAGAAAGUGUUGUGUCUUUCACCAGUCAGUGCAGCUACAGUAGUACCAUUGUUCAUGUUGGAGACAAAAAAACGCAACCUGAAUUAGAAAUGAUAGAAGAUGGUCCAAGUGGAACAGAGAUCUUAGACUGUCAGCUUUUUGCCCCUCCAUCCAAUAGUACUCAUGUAAACCAAGAAAAGGAUCCAUUUAAAAAAUUGGGUCUUACAAAGGAAGUCCUUGCAGUGCACACACAAAAAGAAGAGCAGAGUUUUCUGAAUAAGUUUAAGGAAAUCAAGAAAUUCCACACGUUUCAAAACCGCUGCAAUUACUACUUGCAUGACAGACCUAAAGGAUGUCCUGGUGAACAUGGUGUUCGUGGUCAAAGAAAUGGUAUUUCUGGAAUGGACCAAUCUUGGAAAAAAGGUGGAAAAAACAGGAAAUCAAAGUCAAAACGAAUAAAGCCACAAGAAUCCUCAGAUAGCACAACUUCUGGAACGAAGCCCCCUCACCGAUUUCCACUACAAGGUCUAAAUAGCACAGCUUGGUCACCAUCAGAUACGUCUCAAGCAAGCUAUCCAGCCAUGUCUUUCCCUACAGUUAUGCCUGCUUACCCACUUCCAGUUUUUCCAACAUCAGGAACUGUGCCACCAUGUCCUGAGACAUCCCUCGCAGGUUUUAAUGAAUUACCAGACACUGGCAGUAGUAGUCCCAUGCAAACAUCACAGUUUUCUGCACCUCUUGUGACACCAGUUGUAGCACUAGUGCUCCCCAACUAUGUAUACCCUCAAAUGAACAACAAUUUGCCACAGACACUUUAUCAUGGCCAGCCUAGUUUUCCUGCCCAUCCCACUCAUUCUUCACCAUCAAUGUUUCCCCCUCAGCCUCCAUUUGCUGCUCCCAACUCUCUCCCCCAACAGACAUUUUUUCCACCACAGUCAUUCCAUUAUAGUCCACCAGCAGAAAGUGAAAAAGUUCCUGUCGUGGAAUCGCGAAAUGAGCAGUCUCGUUCCUCCACUCCGCAGUCUCUUGGCCCACGAGAUCAAGCCUCGCCCCCUUUGUUUCAGUCGAGAUGUAGUUCUCCUCUACAGCUAAAUCUUCUGCAAUUAGAAGAAAUCACCAAAACUGCUGAAAGUGGUACUGCUUCUGGCUUAAAUGGAGCCUUGAUUGAAGGAGCUGCCACAAGCAAAACCAUGUCAACGGAGGAGUGCAGCAGAAAGGGUUCUUUACCUGUGGAAUCUCUAAUGGAAGCUCAGAACAGUGAUGCGCUUUCUAUGUCAAGUGACUUGCUUGACAUUUUACUUCAAGAGGAUGCAUGUUCAGGCACUGGUUCAGCUUCAUCGGGUAGUGGUGUGUCAGCAGCUGCUGAAUCGUUAGGAUCUGGAUCUAAUGGCUGCGGGAUUUCAGGGAGUAGAACAGGCAGUAGUGAAACAAGUCAUACCAGCAAAUACUUCGGGAGUAUUGACUCUUCGGAAAAUCAUCAUAGAACAAAAAAGACAACAGAAAUGGAAGAAAAUGAGCAUUUCAUUAAAUGUGUCCUUCAGGAUCCUAUCUGGCUACUGAUGCCUAAUACAGAUGAUGCUGUUAUGAUGACAUACCAGAUACCAUCCCGAAAUGUGGAAGCUGUUUUAAAAGAGGACAGACAGAAGCUAAAGCAAAUGCAGAAGUUCCAACCAAAGUUUACAGAAGAACAAAAAAAGGAACUUAUUGAAGUUCAUCCAUGGAUCCAGAAGGGUGGACAUCCAAAAGCAGUUUCUAACUCAGAGUGUAUCUACUGUGAGGACAACCUACAGAGCAGGUUUAACACAUCAUACAAUGAAGAAAUCCAUGAAAUGGAACUUAAUGAAAUGAUUGAAAACAUUGGAGAAAACAAUUUGUCUGCCUUAACUCAAGCCAAUGAAGAACAAAUGUAACCUUUGACAUUUUAGAAAAGCUGCUUCAAGCCCUGAUGUUGCAUUGGCAGGUCUUAAAGGUUUCGAACCUUGUUUCUAGUGAAAUGAACCUGGUUUAUAAAACAAAUGGAUUUUUUGUUCUAGAAAAGUCAUUUGUGAAGGAAUCUCUUUGAAUAGAGGCAUUCCCUUCCCUCCUCAGAAAGGACAUUGUUGAAGUUGGUGUGCUAUUUAUGUAAAAAAUAACAAAAAAAUCUUUCUUUUUAUAUAUAAAUUGUCUUUCACAUCAGAAUGCCUCUUAUUUUAUUCUUUGAACGGUAAAAGGUUUCAUGACAGCCUACUGAAUUGGUAGACUAACGAAUGUUGCAAAAUACACUAGUGCUUAAUUUAUUUUUUCUUCAACUCUUAGUAAUGAUGCAUUGUAUUGUUCUUGUAAUUUCUAAACAACUCUUUAAACCUAGUUAACAUCUUGGAGUCGCUCUUUAUUUAUUUUUUUGUAAUUACUCCAACAUUAUGGAGAAACAUUCCAAUUUGCAAAUAAUUUGAUUCACAAUUCUUGCCCUUACUCCAAUUAAUCUAUCCAGUCCUCUUGUUCCAGUUUAUUAUAGUUAGAUGCUGGAAAUACUUUUGAUAGCUUAUUACAAGCAACCACAUCUCAUCAUGUAAUUUCUAGGAGGACAUAUAUUAAAAAGUGUUAUGAAUAUAUUAAGUGUGAGGGUUGACAACUUUUUUUGUUUGUUUGUUUUUUUAAGUCUCGUAUUUUAGCAAGCAUUGAAGUAUUAUGGACUACUUGUUACACUGACAAAUUACCUUUUGAAAACUUGUGUCCAGGAUACCUGGAAGCUUAUCAGUUAAAAAGACUGAACUGCAGAGAAGAUGCAUCUGGGCAGCACUGACUGGAAAGUUUGCAGCUAAUAUGUACUAUUCCUUCAGUGUUGUUCCUUCAUGAAGUUGGCCAUCAGCUUUUCUGUUCUACCUAAAUAAACAUUAACCUUGGGAACAGAUAAGAGAUUGUUCCUUUCAGGAUAAUUGUUACAUACAGAAGAAGUUUUGAGAAAAGUAACGACUUCAUAUUUGAGUUGAAUGAACUGAAGCUAACCAGACAGAAGUCCUUUACUUUCUAGGGUUUUGUGUUAGUGCCUCUAGAGUCUAAAUGACCUAAUUUUUUUUAAUACAGUAAGUGAAAAUAUAGUCAAGUGUUGCAGAUUGACAAUGGCAAAAAGAAAAGAUGGGUGAUUUUGCUAAUAAUUGUUUUACCAGAGGAUAGUUAGAACCAAGUUGUCUCAUGUCAGCACUGAAACUUGGGGUGGAAAAUGUAUAGAGCAAUUCAGGUGUGAUUAAAAUUGGAACAUAACUUUUAAAUAUAUUUGCACUUAAUAUGCUCCACCUAAUGCAUUUUCACUCAUUUAGGUUUAAGAUUAUUUUCCAUUUUCAAAACUUUUUUUUUCUGUUUGAUAUGCAAAAAAUAUCCUGACAGUUUAAAAAGGGGUGGGAUAGGGGAAAUUAACCUACAGAGAUCACUGGUAGUUGUGUGGCAGUUUAUGAAAAAAUUCUGUGCCCUGGAGUACAGCAUUGUCUGGUUUAAAUAGUUCAGAGAAUUUGUAAGGCUGGUAGAAUUACAACUUGAUCAGUAACCAUUUCAUCUUAAUGUUAUAUAAAAUACUGACCAGCACUGUCUUAUGCUUCUGUUUUAACAGUAGAAUGAGAUCAAGCUUACCUCUGCAUAAACAGGAAUUCAAACAAGAAACACUAAUUUUGGGUGUGUCUUAUAAAAUCCAAUGUUUUAGGUAUUUUAGAUAUAAAUGGAACAGUACAGAGAUACACCAGCAUAUUACAUGUAUUGGUUGCUACAUGUGAAAAUAUUGGUUAUAUCUGGGCAAGGUUUUUGGAAAAUAAAGCUUUAAGUAAGAGUGCAUUCUAAAUGUGAAAAUAAUUUUCAGGGACUUCCCAUCUACUUUGGGAGCUUCUUUGUCAUUAGCAUACUUUUCUCCUUUGUUUAUUUUUUCAAUGACUGUCUUGUACCUGUAACUUAGUGAAACUGAGACAUGGGGCAGAGAGAGACAGAGGUGUACUUAGAGCAUUUUGUGGAUGUGUUUACACAGGAACAUAUUCUUGCAUCUGUUAAAGUGUUUUUUGCAUUUUCAGAGUGGUAUUAACAGAUUUUCUUGUAACUUUAAUAUUACAAGUCUCCAUUUUUAGAUCAGAUUCUGAAGUUGUAAUUUUUUUCCAAGCUAUGUUGUAAUAUGAUUUUUUGUGACAAGAUAUUUUUGUCAACAAUGUUUUCUGUACACUGUGCAAUAUAUUUGAGUUUUGUCACUUGUGACUAAUUUUUAAGACUUUGCUUUUUAGAAAACUGGUAAAUAAAGCAUAUAUUUUUA